UGGGGCUGAGCACCACAAAGGCCAGUCCCGAACCUGCCCAGCUCCGGCUCCAACACCACCAUGUCUCUGACCAGGGCCGAGAGGACCAUCAUCAUGUCCAUGUGGGGCAAGAUCUCUGGACAGGCAGAGGCCAUCGGUACCGAGACCCUGGAGAGGCUCUUCACCAGUUACCCCCAGACCAAGACCUACUUCCCACACUUCGACCUGCACCCUGGCUCUGCCCACCUGCGCUCCCACGGCUCCAAGGUGGUGGCCGCAGUGGGCGACGCGGUCAAGAACAUGGACAACAUCGACAGCGCCCUGUCCAAGCUGAGCGAGCUGCAUGCCUACAUCCUGCGCGUGGACCCGGUCAACUUCAAGCUCCUGUCCCACUGUCUGCUGGUCACCAUGGCCUCACACUUCCCCGAGGACUUCACGGCCGACGCCCACGCCGCCUGGGACAAGUUCCUGUCCGUGGUGUCCACCGUCCUGACCGAGAAAUACCGCUGAGCGCAGCUGAGGGACCCCAGAAGACAGGCUGCGACCCCUCCACUGCUCUAUGGGGCCUCCCUCACCCCCCUCUUUCUGGGUGACCCAUCAAUAAAGGAAUGAAC